CCCGUCCCAAGUGACUCCUCAACACUCGCAGCUAUGGCCACGCGCCCUGUCGCGCGGCCAUGGCGGCUGGCGCUUCUGGCGCUGCUGGCGGGUCCCGCAUGGAUCGGCCCGCGAGGGUCGGCGGUGCCGGCGCGGGCGGCGCCGGUGGCGCGGGCGAGCGGCCGGAGCUCCGAGUGGCCGGAGAUGUUUGCAUGGGUGAAGAGCACUGGCAUGGACACCUCAGACAUUCAAGUCCAGGUGGAGCCCACGGAGGAGCUCGCGAAGGGCGAGCUGGGCUUGAUCACCACUGCCCCACUGCAGGCGGGGGAUAUCUUGGCCUGGGCCCCCACGAAGCUGCUGCUGAACAAGCAGAAGGCGGUAGAUAUUUGGGGCUCCAAGAUUGAAGACCUGUCCGACCGCUUGGCCCUGAUCUUACUGCUGAUCCAAGAGCGCUUCGUGCACGGCGCCGACUCGAAGUGGCACGUCUACAUGCGCUCGCUGCCGCGCUUUGACGGGGACGUCUCGGGCCCCAGCUUCCUAUGGUCCGAAGAGGAGAUCGAAGAACUGCAGGGGAGUGAUGGCUACGGCGCGGCCCUGGCGAUGUACAACGCGGUGGUGGAUGAGUACGAAUUCCUCAAUGCGACGCUCUUCAAGGAUCAUGAAACUGAUUUUCCGCAGGACACCUUCAGCUUCGACCACUUCUUGUGGGGGGCUGCAAAUGUGGCAUCCAGGGCAUACGGAGACGAUGCCGAUGGGACCAAUCUUUGUAUCGCUCCGCUGGUGGACUUUCUGAACCAUAAAGCUGGCGCGUUGCAGCUGACUCGUUUCGGUAACGGAAUCGUGGCCUAUGCACACAAGCACUACGAGGCCGGGGAGCAAGUCUGGGUGAGCUACGGGGGCAAGAGCAACGCGGAGCUGCUGUCGCAGUACGGCUUCGUGGAUCCGGACAACGGCCAGGAGGCGGUGUACAUCCGCAUGGGCGAGCACCUGACCGCGUCGGAGGAGAAGAUGACGUUGAUCGCCGAGCUCCUGGAGGUGGACUCCGCGGAGGGGGCCAUCUUCCGUCUCUCGCGGCGGCCGCGGGAGUGGGAGCCGAAGCUGCUGCCGGUGCUGCGGGUGGUGGCGCUGGAGGGCGAGCUGCCCAGCGCGGAGGAGAUGAUUCCCAGAGCGCCGGAGCUGGAGGCCGCGGCAUAUCGAGCGCUGCAGCGGGCCAUCGAUCUGCGAGCGGCCGAGUACCCGCGGUUGGACUCGGAGGCGCCACAGGAGCUGGACGAGAGGCGGGCCUUGGCGCGGAAGCUGCGGGUGUCGGAGGGGGAGCUGCUGGAGCUGGUGAAGACCUACGCCUUGGACCAGGAGCUAAGAGCCAGCGGCUAAAAUUGAGGAGCCAGCUGCGGUUCACAGCUCUGGACUUGUCUGCGGGGCGGCGGCUGUUUGAGGAGUUCGGGGUUUGAGGAUUCAUCAUUUCCAAGAGGACGUGGGGGUCUGCGGGCGUCUGGUGUUUGAGGUUUGGGGUUUGAGGAAAGGCCCAAAACUGUGAAACUUGGGUGUGAGUUGAUUGGAAACUUGAAGUGGAAUGUGCGAUACACUGUUGAUGCUCACGUCUUUAUGGUUUUUUCGAGGUCAAAACCGUGGAUCCUCUGUAGAGCUACUAGUUUGCAACCUGACGUGGAAGGGCUUGCUUGGGCGAUGGAUGCGAAGCCCCGAUGUAGCAAAUUUAGCUGCCUUGCUCAUCGGGGAGGUGUUCUCAUGGUUUGGCAGCUGCAGGGAAGGAGAAGGGUGUCGACGAGGUGGAUAUAACUCUUGGACAGAGUUAUCCCUUGCAAUUCCUGGUGUGUCAAUGGUAAUAUAUAGGGACAGCGCUGGACUUUCAAGACAAGUUUGCCGGCAAUCUUUUCAGAGCAAUUGGGAGAAGAUGUGGCUGCGCGAGGUUCUUGAGCUAUGACAUAUGGCAAGUGGGAUGGGCGGCAGGAACGUUCGCCUCGGAAUGGCCUAGCCAGCAU